CUUGUGUCCAUGUCGAGUCCUUCGACUUCCCAAUCCCCGCGCGAUUCCACGCAAAAUGCUCCACCAGACGAUAAAUCUAUGCUGGAGUAUCUACAUCAACGCGGAUAUACUGCGGCAGAGAAAGCUUUGCGCGACGAAAUCGAAGGCACCACCGCCGAAACAUUAUCUGCUGAAGAUUUCGUCAAAGCGCUUGCAAUAUUCGCACAAAAGCCGUCCAGACCUGGAGAGAAUGUGUUCAAGGAAUCUUCGAAUGUUCUACAAGAGUUAACUGCCAUGGGCAACCCGAGUAACAUCCAAAGCCUGCUCGGAAAUAUAGGCUCUGUCGGUGCUGAAGACAUCCUAUCGCUAGAUCCCACAGACAAGCAGGAAGGGUACCGCGAGCUUGAAGCCUGGGUAGACGGAUCUUUGGACAUGUACCGUCCUGAGUUCAGGCCAAUCCUAUUUCCUAUCUUCGUUCAUUUCUACCUCGACUUGAUUCAACGCGGCCUUAAGGAUGCCGCCAUCAAGUUCUACUCAAGUUUUGCGUCGUCUUUGGCGCCUUCACACAUCGAAACUUUGCAUCAUAUCAAAACACUCCUAUUGCCCGCACAUGUACAGAACGACGAGGUUGCUCAACGUUUCAGAGAUGAGAAAUAUGCUGUCAGAAUGAGUCGCUCAGGAUUUGGAUUGUUAAUGGGGUGGCUCACUGAGGGUGUGGGGGGCGAGGCGUUUGGUGCAGGUGAUGGGUUUACUGGAGAAAUCGGCAAACGUGGUCGAGUUUCUGUCAUGCGAGUGGUCAACAACCAUUUGCGAUUCGAUAUUACUCAGGCUAAUGCAACAUCGGUUUCACCCAAUUCCUGGGAAGAAUCCACGGGUCUGAUAUCGUCUCUUAUCCCGAAUGCUAAUGGCGCCACCACGAGUCUGUCGAAUCCACAAGCGUUCAAUCGCCUGAAAGAACUAAAGCUGGGGCCUCCUCCCAUGAUGGAAGAUCUCCGCAACGAGACUCAGCGUGCACUACGAGAACAGGCUCUUGUAGACAGAGAGCCAACUGGAAACUACGACAUCCAAGCUACAAGACUUGUGGUACCUGGCGUGGUAGCACCCACAACCGCUGAUUUACUACCUCAUCCACCGACAUUCCGAACUAUCGACGUCGAACGGGAGGCUGGUGCCGUAAGGGAUGCAAGAAAGCGCAUUCGAUUAGAGCCCUCUCUACUUGCCAAUACCGAUCCCAACUCAACUCAAGCUGCGUCGCUUCGGGCACGCGCUCUUCCCAGUAUUUGUGCUUAUACGUUACAUGAUGUUCCUGAGGGUGCACCUUGUUGUACAUUCUCCCAAGAUACCUCCCUCAUGGCAGCUGGAUUUUCCGAAAGCUAUAUUCGGCUCUGGAGUCUGAAGGGAGAGAAAUUACGUGGAUUGCGGAGCGAUUUCAGCUCUGCAUCUAUCAAAGAUUAUAACUCCCUUCGUCGGAUACGAGAAAAAGGUGGCACUACAACGAGAAAACUCAUCGGCCACAGCGGACCUGUCUACUCCGUUGCUUUCGAUCCGCUUAGUGGAUCAGCUGCCCCACCCAAGUACCUCUUGUCAGCAUCUGCUGACACAACUGUUCGGUUAUGGUCAAUGGACACGCUGACCAACAUUGUGAGUUUUCGAGGGCACGAAAAUCCCGUCUGGGAUGUGAAGUGGGCGCCAAUGGGCAUCUACUUUGCGACUGCCAGCCGUGAUAGAACCGCUAGGCUGUGGUCUACUGAUAGAAUCAACUGCAUGAGGGUUUAUGCUGGUCAUUUGAGCGACGUCGAUUGCAUCCAAUUCCACCCCAACUCGAUGUACCUCGCGACAGGCUCGAGUGAUUGGACCGCCCGGCUAUGGGAGGCCCAGACUGGCUCCUGUGUUCGUGUGUUUAUUGGCCAUCAAGGCGCGGUCUCGACACUGGCAAUCAGUCCUGAUGGACGCUACCUGGCCAGCGCCGGUGAAGAUCUUGCCAUCAACCUAUGGGAUUUAGGAUCGGGUAAACGAAUAAAACGAAUGUCGGGACAUACCGCGUCGAUCUAUUCGCUGGCGUUCAGCGCGGAGUCUUCAAUGCUUGUCAGCGGAGGGGCAGACUGGACAGUGCGUUGUUGGGACGUAAAAAGUGCAGGUGGCACGCGACCUAGAGCAAAUGGGGCAUCAUUCACGCCAAUGGGCCUUGCGACUGGAGAGUCUUCGAUGGCGAUACCACAAAGCUAUGGUGAUGAAGAGAAUGCAGAAACUACUGACUUGGUAGCAACUUUCCCCACAAAGCGAACACCGAUAACCAACAUUCAAUUUACUCCACGAAAUCUCUUCAAGCGAAACGAACACUUCUGGGUCAACCUUUUGCGCGAGCCAUACAUCGACAAAAUUAUGUCCGAAAUGGAGAUAGAUGACGCCAUGGGAGGCGUUGAGUCGACUCCGAGCCACCCACCCGUUCCAAUUAUUCACUCCGACAUCGUCAACACGCAAUUAGUGCCCUCGACUUCUACUUCUCCUCCUCGCGACAACUUCAGAGACAUCCAAGUCAAAGUUCACAUCCGUAAACCAGAGCGAGAUUCAUGGACGUACAUGGGGCGCGGAGUAGUCUCGCAGGUGGUAAAUGGACAUUCAUCCCGCGUCGUUGUCCGCUCAGUCUCGACUGGCAAAGCACUCGCGGUAUUCAACGAAACCUCCGACCUCGAAGCCGAGAAACGAGGGAAUUUCAUCGUGAUCUCUGUUGUCCAGGGUUCUGCUGUCGUCUCUUGGUCGCUGAAUGCGCUCAAUAACUCAGAAACCCUGCGACUUAUGGCCAGCAUCGAACUUGCGUGUUAUAAAUGUAAACAAGCACUCGCUGACCCACGUAUGCACUCCAAGGGUCGUCGUCGGAUUGAACGGGUUAUCAAGGAUGACCGCCGCCGACGUCACCGCCGAAGAAAAGACCAGGACGCCAUGAUCGACGCCUUUUCCAAGCAAACGAUUGAAGUUGGAGUUGGAAUGGAGGAAGGCCCUCCCAGUUAA